UCCUCAUUUGUCUCGAUUGCGAUCAACAUCUUAAAAAUAUUGACUCAAAGAGAACUGUAAAAUAAUUAAAAGUAGCAGCAGCCAUAAAAGUGCAUAUAAAUUUUUUUUGGACAUCCCAAAAAAAAAUAAUGGGGUUCUUAAUUCCGUUUGUGUUUUUAGUCUCGUUAGCUCAUCUUUCUGUUUCAUCGACAAUUCCGAGUACAACAGACGUUAGUUCUUCAUCCUUAAGUGAAAGUGCAACUAAUUCAAUAAAAAUGCAAUAUUUAGAAUUUGCAAAUGGAGAUAAAAUUCCAAUGAUUGGGUUAGGUACAUGGCGUGCACCGGACGAAGAAGUUGAAGCUGCAAUUAAUCUUGCAUUAGAAAUUGGUUAUCGUCAUUUUGAUUGUGCACCCGUUUAUAUGAACGAAAAGGUCAUCGGAAAUGUUUUCAAGAAAUGGAUUGAUUCUGGAAAAGUUAAGAGAAGUGAUUUGUUUAUUGUGACUAAGCUUCCACCAUUUGCGAAUCGAGCUGAAGAUGCUGAAAAGGUCUUAAAGAAAUCUCUUGCUGAUCUUCAAUUGGAUUAUUUAGAUCUUUAUCUCAUUCAUGUUCCAUUCGCUGUGCCUUAUGUCGAAGGGCCCUUCCAAACUCAUGAAAAUGGAAGCAUCGUACAAUCACCGACUGACCAUAUUAAGACAUGGAAGGAGUUGGAACGACUCAAGACCGAGGGUUUAAUCAAACAUUUAGGCGUCUCUAAUUUCAAUGAACGUCAGAUACAGCGAUUGCUAGACAAUAGUGAUGUCAAGCCUGAAGCACUUCAAGUUGAGUUGCAUGUCUAUUUCCAACAAAAGCCAUUAGUUAAAUUCUGUAAAGAUAACAACAUAAUUGUGACUGCAUACUCGCCUCUUGGAUCUCGUGGAAUUAAUAAAUUGCUCGAAGGAUCUGGUAUCGAAGUGCCCGAUCUCUUAGAAAAUCCAGUUGUCAAGACUGUCGCUGAAAAGCAUGGAAAGUCACCAGCACAAGUGCUCUUAAGAUACAUCACUCAAAUGGGAGUCACGACAAUCCCAAAAAGUACAAAUGAAAAUCGAUUGAAAGCAAACAUCGACAUUUUUGGAUUCGAAUUAGAUGGAUGCGAUAUGAAGUCAUUGUCAGAUCAAGAUGCAGGCAUCAGACUUGUUGAAUUCCGUAACUUUGAUUUCUUCAAAGGCAUUGAAACUCACCCAGAAUAUCCAUUUUAAGGAUUAAAAGAUAGUAUUUAGCUUUGCAUAAUAAUUUUUUAUUUGAUGAUAAAUUUCCUAAUUUUUUUCGUCAUUAAAACAUUUCCAGAAAGGAUCUUGUUGUUGCUUUCUUAUGAUUCCUAAUAAAUAUUUUCACCCACUUGUCAAAUGCUUCAAAAUGUAAUUUGUUUUAUUUAUUAAACCAGUCUAGGUAAUAC